AUGGCUCGCAAGAAAUCGACACUGGCGCCGCUCAAGGCGUCGAUCCCGACCACUCGUAGGAACAACAAAGGACGCAAGCCGAAGACGGCCAUCACUGCGGUCAAAAAGCAGCAGCUGCAGCAGCCACAGGUGCAAGUCAAGAGCUUGAAAAAGACGGCCAAGACGGUGAAGCAGCUCGCAAAGGCAGAACGCGAACAAGAAGGAGAAGAAGACGAAGGAGUCGAAGACGAAGAGAAGGAGGACGACGAUGACGAUGAAGAAGAGGAGGACGACGACGAUGCGAGUGAGACAGAAGACAGUGACGAGGUGAACGACGACGAGGAGGACGAUGACGACGGGUUUGAGGAUCAGGGAUCGUCGUCGGACGACGACAGUGGCGAUGAUGAACCAGACGAUGCCGAGCUGACAGAGCUGGAGAAGAAGACGCGUCGUUUUACUGUGGACCGUGAGAAGGAAGUGCAGAAGAUGCGCGAAGACGGGUCGUUGUCGGUGGCGUCGCAGCUGCAUGUGGACGACUUGUCGUCUGACGAUGAGGAAAACGUCAACACGAUCGGCAAUGUGACGCUUCGAUGGUACGAAGAGUAUGACCACAUUGGGUACAAUGUGGAAGGCAAGCGGAUCAUGAAGUCAAGUAAUGGAGACGGCAUUGAUAAUGCUAUCGCUGCGAAAGAUGACCCAAACUAUGACCGCACAGUGUACGAUGCUUACAAUGACCGGAAGAUCGUUUUGUCGGAUCGUGACAUGGAAAUCAUUCGACGGAUGCAGGCAGGCGCUUUCGCUCACCCGGAGUUCGAAGCAUACCCGGACUAUGUGGAUAUCUACUCGUCAAACAAAAUCAUCCAUUCGAUGGGCAACGACAUUGAGCCCAAGAGCCGAUUUUUGCCUUCGAAGUGGGAGCGCAUGAAGGUGCUGAAGAUUAUGAAGGGUAUCAAGGAAGGCCGCAUCAAGCUUGAACAAAAGCCAGAAAAGAAGCCGGAAGUGUACCAGAUGUGGUUUGAUGACGACCAGUCACAAACUCGAAGGGGACCUGCACACGUCCAGGCACCAAAGAUGCCGCUCCCUGGACACAUCGAGUCUUACAAUCCUCCGGACGAGUACUUGUUCACGAAGGAGGAGCUUUACGCUUGGGAAAAAGCCGAUCCGGAGGAGCGUGAAACGAGGUACAUGCCAAGGAAGUUCAAGUCGCUUCGUGAGUUGUGUGGCUAUAGCGGUUUUGUGCGUGAGCGCUUUGAGCGUUGCUUGGAUCUGUACUUGGCACCUCGUGUGAACAAGCGCAAGCUCAACAUUGACCCCGAAUCGCUCGUGCCAGAGCUACCGAAGCCUCAGGACCUUCGCCCUUUUCCGAACACGUUGGCUCUUGUCUUCAAUGGCCAUACUGGACGUAUUCGCUCGCUCGCGGUGGAUCCGUAUGGCCAGUAUGUGGCUUCGGGCUCGGAUGACUCGACUGUGCGUAUUUGGGAGCUAGAGACUGCUCGCUGUUUGCAGGUGUACAACGUUGGUGCAGUGGUGCACAAGCUGUCAUGGAACCCUAACAAGGAUCACCAGUUGCUGGCUGUUGCGGCUGCUAAAAAGGUGUUUAUUAUUGCUACUGGAACGGGUAGCGCCGAUCAAACGGAGCUUACGAACGUUCUCGUUGGUGACGCUGAUGAUAGCAUUCGAGUUGUUGAGGAGACGGGUGGCGCGACAGAUAGCACAAGUGGUGGCGUCCAGGUUGUGGACGAGGCUGACGCUACCGUCGAGGCUGACGCGCUCAAGAAGAAGGUACCUGUAACUUGGCGGUUUUACAGCGGGACAAGCGACAAGCACAAGUCAAACAACGCGUCCGAACGACCGUGGCUGGAACGUCGAGUAGGUACUGGUAUCCGCGUGGUGUUGCACCACACGAGCGACGUGAAGGAUGUAGCGUGGCACCACAAGGGAGAUUACCUUUCUACGGUCUCUCCUGGCGCAGGCUCGGGUGCUGUGCUGAUCCAUCAGCUUUCGAAGCGUAAGACGCAAAAUCCGUUCCAGAAGAGUGUGGGCCAAGUUCAGUGCAUUCUGUUUCACCCGUCCAAGCCGUUCUUCUUCCACGCCACUCAGCGCCACGUACGCGUGUAUAACCUGGUGAAGCAAUCCAUCGUGAAGAAGCUGUCGUCAGGUGUCAAGUGGAUCUCCAGUAUGGCCGUGCACCCGAACGGUGACCACCUUCUCGUUGGUAGUUACGACCGACGGUUGUGCUGGUUUGACUUGGAUUUGUCUUCAAGGCCGUUCAAGACGCUCAAGUACCACGAAAAGGCCGUUCGGGAUGUGUCGUUCCACGCCAAGUACCCUCUCAUGGCUUCCGCGUCGGACGAUGGCACCGUUCACAUUUUUCACGCCAUGGUGUACUCGGACUUGAUGAAAAAUCCACUGAUCGUGCCGCUCAAGAUACUGCGUGGCCACGAGGUGUCCGGUGGUCUCGGUGUCAUGGCGCUAGCUUUCCAUCCUGUCCUGCCGUGGGUGGUGACAGGAGGUGCCGACGGGACCAUCCGUCUCUUCCAGAACCUCCACUAG